UUUAAAGUUUGCAUAGAUAAAAACAAGAGAAAAGCUAUUAAACUGAGAUGGAUAAAACAAAAACAUUGAAUAGUGUUGAACAAAUAGGAUAAGGAGUGCAGUAACGCUGCUGAGAAGUUGUGGAAAAUCGACGAACGUAGAGAAAAAAACAUUGUCAGAAAAAAAGUAGUCAGGAAAAGUGCAACGAAGGAUUUAUUGCAAUUUCGUGCUACAAAGUGAAUCUUAAUCGAUUUUGUUUGAUUUGGAAUAAACGUUAUUAAGUUGUGAAUUUACUUGAGGAACUAGGGGAGAGGGUGUAAAGGAGGUGAUCUUCAACGACACAUCCACACCGCUCAUACAAAUCUUUUUGACGUUAUUGAAGUGAAUUUCGCCACGCUUCAAAAUGAGUGGCAAAGUACGUUUAAAGGAAAAUGGAUAUCUGGAUGAAGAUCCAAUGACCCUACAAGACAUCAUCUACAAAUAUAUAUGCGAAAACCUGGAUGUCAUAAGCACUGUGGAUUCUACAGGCAAAAUGCGACUAUUGAAAGAAAAUAUUGUUCUUCCAAAUGACAUUUGUGAUCGGCUGCUGGACGCCUUACAACGUUUUCGUCGGCAACUGGGUGAUGAUGUGCUUACACUUUUUGCGAGGAAAAAACGCACUUCCUUGAAAAUAGUGCACUUGCGAAAUAGUACCUUGUCCGAUACAGGUUUGGAGUUGCUUCUGAGUCACAAAUUAUAUUCCCUUUCGAUUUGGUACUGUAAUCAAAUAACUGUGAAAUCAGCAGCAUUUCUAUCAUUAUACGGUGAGGGUUUGCGUUCAUUGGAACUCGGUAUUAAUGCUCACAUGCUGCAAAAUUCCGAGCCAAACGAGAAAGAACCUGUCGAUUUCAAAUUCAAUUGCCCGCAUCUACGUCGAUUAGUUUUAAAUGGUGUCGUAAUACAUACUGGUUUGAGGUUGAACUCCUUAUUAGAGUUAACUCAUCUGGAUUUGACUUCAUGUAUUUUAGUCGGUUUCAGUUUAGAGAUUUUAGCUGGCUUACCUUUACUCCAUACGUUAAUAUUAUUUAAUGUAUGGCCAAUCGCUAAUCAACUACAAGCAAUUUGCCUAUUACGUCGUCUACGUACUUUAGACAUUUCGAUUAGUAAUUCUGGUAAUGGACAUGGCACCUACGAUUUGCCCGAUCAGACUUUGGAAAUGAUAAUGAAUAAUUUACGCGAACUCACACACUUGGACAUAUCUGGUACGAAUCUGGCGGGUAAUGGUGUGGCUACGAAGGAAUCAAAUUUUAAAUUACGCACUGAUAUACCCGGCUUAGAGUCCCGGACACAGCGUCCUCUGCAGUUUUUGGGACUCUAUCAUACUGCGCAUUCUGCUUGUAAACGUCAUGAUAUACCGGCAAAUGAGAUUGCGGGUGAUGCUAACGAGUUGCAAAUUCUAACCGCUGCGAGGUAUUAUUAUGAUAGACCGAUGCUUUUAACGAGGGUUUUGAAUGACUUGUAUCAUCUUUUUCGCUUCGAAAUAUGUAAAGACAUACAUCUGGCGUUGGACGCAGUGCUAACAGCUAUGGAUAGACAUUUGAAAUUCAAACACAUGCAAAUUUCGGGAAGUGCUACACUCUUCUACAUAGUUAAGGGACGUGAUCGCUCAAAAUUCGGUACACCUUUACGGAACCACAUUAUUCGAACACUGCUUAAUGGCAUGGAGACACAUAUUACAGACGAUACCAUGCUACGAAAUGGUUAUUUAACGCUAACACAAUUUCAAAUGCCUAACGAUGUGUUAUUCGAAUAUGAGCGUCUGAUAAAAGUCUUAUUGCAUGGUGUCUCUAAGACCGAACAGGAAGGUUUUGUGCAAAGGAUAGCUAUAUAUUUGUUAAACACUUUGGCGUGUCAAGUGGAUGGCAAGCAAAAAUUGUUUUUAGGUGAACUCGGUGUUGUUAGUACAAUGUUAAGUUUAAUUAAGGAUCGUUUAACACGUUCGGUAUUUGACGAUGUCAUGGAAGUGGCAUGGUCAACAAUGUGGAAUGUAACUGAUGAGACUGCAAUAAACUGUAGAAGAUUUUUAGAAGGACGUGGAAUGGAGUACUUUCUGAAGUGUUUACAUGCUUUUCCUGAUCGCGAGGAGCUACUGCGAAACAUGAUGGGUCUGUUGGGUAAUGUUGCUGAAGUGAAAUGGUUGCGACCAAAACUUAUGACACAAGAAUUCAUUGAAGUCUUUGCUAAACUAUUAGUCUCAGGUUGUGAUGGAAUCGAGGUAAGUUACAAUGCUGCAGGCGUAUUAGCACAUAUCGCAUCCGAUGGUCCCGACGCGUGGACAAUAGAGAAACCAACACGAGAUAGUGUACUAAUAUGUAUGGUUGAAGCGAUUCAACGUUGGGACAUACUAAGUGAGAGAAAUAUUAAUUAUCGUAGCUUCGAGCCGAUUUUGGGCCUAGUACGCUGCUACGAGACACCACAGUGCCAACAUUGGGCCGUUUGGGCUUUGGCCAAUUUAACGCAGGUUUAUCCCGAUAAAUACUGUCAGCUCGUUAAGCAAGAAAACGGUAUUAAGAUCCUUUCUGAAUUGAUUGAGGACCCCAGACCAUACGAGGAUAUAAAAUUGAUAGCGCGCAAAGUUAUUGAAAAGUGUACACAAUGGCCAAAUUGGUCGCUUGAUGGUUAAAAAAAAAAAACAAACAAAAUACAGUUGUAUAAAUUUUAUAAAAAUUGGAUUGUGGGGAAGGCAACGAAAUAACAUUGUAUGUGCGUUAACUGCAUAUGAAAAUAUGUUUACAACCAUAUACAUACAUAUGAGCAAAUAAUCUCAAUGCAAUUGACAACUCGCUGGGCGAUUCGGGGCGAGUGGAAGGAUAUCAAUUGCUAUGAAUUUGUACGCUGCUUCCUCUUGAGAAAUGUUUAUUUUAAAAUGAUAUAUAUUGUUUAUUUAAAUUAUACACAUACACAAACAAACGAUUAAAUUGCAUAAUUAUUGAAUAAUGUAAAAUUAUUAACGUAAGAAUAAAGCGAAGCAACGCAUUAAGUAAAGAUAUUAAUGCGGUGGGUUAAGUAAGCUUAAUUAUUAUAAUAAUAAAAAAAAAAUCAAAAACAAAACGAGAAAAAGUGAAAUUGCAGCAUAAGCAGUGUAGAGACAAGAAAUUAGAUUAAAAUUUUCAAUGCUUACAUUGCAUGUAUAUAGAAAACAAUUGCUCGAAUUAAGCUAUUUACUUACACACAUACAUACAUACGUUAAAUGGUAUAGAAAGGAAUUCGGCAAUAACACAACCACAAAAUUUCAAAAAUUAAGAAAAUUUUAAAAACAGAAAUUUCGAAGUUAUGAGUAUGUAUUUUUUUUGUUAUAUAAAACAAAUGAGAUUAUUCACUCACUAAAAAAAAAACGAGAAGAAAUAUACAUUUACGUGAAAACCUUACCCUGGGUAGUGUAAUUAGCAUUAAAAAAUAUCUGUGUAUUCAUAGAUUUAUCAUUCAUUACAUAAAUUAUGUAUAGCAUAUAUGUAUGUAUAUCAUAAAAAAUUAUUGCAUAUUUGCUUAUCACUACAUUAAUUACAUUUAAAAUGUAAACUCAUUUAUUAAAAGGCAUAUUCAUUGUU